AUGGACUAUCCACAAGAAACUUUCGUCAACACCACCUUCACCCCAGGAUCAUUCUGGGCCCGACGGCGCGAGAUUGUACGUGCCCAAACACUCCGCCACCAACUCGAGAUGCUCAAAAAGACCGGACGAUACGAAGCAUUUAAAUUAGGAUGGCAUCCGAGCUAUUCAGAUCCUCCAACCGUCUACCCUGUUCCCAAUCACCAAUUCUGGGAUUCCGAUGUAGCGAAGUGGAUCGAGGGUGCUUGUUACUUACUCACGGAUCACUUUGACACCGAAAUAGAUGAAGCUGUGCGGGAAUUGGUGCGGAUGAUUCAAGGGGCGCAACAUGGGGGAUGGAUAUUUGAAUAUCCAUUACUCUGUUGUUGA